AUGGAAAGAUUAUUGGAUACUGAAGAGUGGGAAAGAGUCAAGAAAAUUAUAAAGACGUGUUCUGUUUGUAAAAGGUACAAUGUGAAACCCGUGAAUGUAUCUGCAGGAUUUUUACCAAAAGAUCGUGUUCGAAAAGCUUUAGUUUUUGAAGUCAUAGGAGUAGAUCUUUGUGGUCCCAUGGAUUUAGAGUUUGAGAGUAUUAUUUACUUGUGUCGUUUAUCAAGCUAUAUUGAACUAGUAACAUUAUCGUCUACGGAUGGUUUCGUGCAAGCAUUGAGAAGAUUUAUUGCACUAAAAGGUCGCCCUAGCGUUAGCUAUUCCAACAAUGUAACAGAUUUAGUGGGUACGGAUAACGAACUAAAAUCAGUUGACUGGUCUAGAUUGAAUGAAUUCUCAUCUUUUAGAAGAUUUAAUUACCUGGAAAUUCAAUCCAUCAUUAGCACCCUGGUGGGGUGGCUUUUGGAAGCGUCUAAUAGGCAUGUUAAAAACAUGCGUGUUUUAAAAAACACUUGUUUGGAUUAUGAAGAUCUAUACACAGUACUCUGA